GGUGUAGCUCCCAUAUUUUUCACGUAUUUCAAAAUUCAAAUAUAACGAUCCGUAGUUUAUAAGCUUCAAACUCACCAUUCCAAGGCGGAACAAAGAGGCUAAGGCUGGUCUCCAACACCGCAGUCUCUCCUCCGGAAGCCGAUAGAGCUUAGUCAGUUUAACGUGGCAGGAAGAAAUGGCGUCGAACAUUGGAAUGAUGGACCCCGCUUACUUCAUCGGCAGAUCUGAGAUCCUCGCCUGGAUAAACUCCACUCUCCACCUUAGUAUGUCAAAAGUCGAGGAGGCAUGUACCGGCGCGGUUCAGUGCCAGUUGAUGGAUUCCGUUCAUCCGGGGAUGGUGCCGAUGCACAAGGUCAAUUUUGAUGCGAAGAGUGAGUACGAAAUGAUCCAGAAUUAUAAGGUCCUCCAAGAAGUCUUCAACAAACUCAAAAUUACUAAGCAUAUUGAGGUGAGCAAACUGGUGAAAGGAAGGCCUCUGGAUAACCUUGAGUUCAUGCAGUGGAUGAAGCGCUACUGUGACUCUGUAGGAGGAGGAAGCUCUGCACACAAUUACAAUGCUCUGGAGAGAAGAGAGGCCAGCAAAGGUGGAAAAGAAGUGUGCAAGAGAUCUGCUGCAGCAUCUUCACAGCAACCUUCUGCAAAGACUUCCUCAGCAUCUUCCACCAAGCAUCAUGUCCCUCACAAUACUCGCAGGAAUGAUGCAACCACCAACACAAGCACUACAACUCUUUCUGGGAAAACCUCUAGACCGUCUUCAAGUGGAGGCCGCCCUGUGUAUACUGAAACAGAAAAAGCUGCUCAUGAACAACAGAUUACAGAGUUGAAGUUAUCUGUGGAUAGCCUGGAGAGAGAAAGAGACUUCUACUUUGCAAAGCUCAGGGAUAUUGAAAUAGUCUGCCAAUGCCCUGAGAUUGAAAACCUACCCGUGGUUCAAGCACUGAAAAAGAUAUUAUACGCUACAGAUGACGAUGCGUCACUGGUUGCACAAGCUCAAGCCAUGGUCUCCAAGCAGCAAGUAGAAGUGAACGAGCAUGAAGAGAGCAAGGUGAAAGUUGAGAAUCAGAAAAGGAAAAUCAUUACCAAUGCUGAUGUUGAUGUGGCUGCUAGUGUCACACUCUCUCCAAGGCAAAAGAUUACUGAUGCCUCUGAUGUCCAUUGCAGCGGAUCACCCCUCGUGACUUACUGAUACUGGGUAUUAACUCUACAAUGAUAUUUUUGCCCUGCCAAGUGCCAUGAUGCCUGUUUUGUUCUUUUUCAAAGAUUUAAUGCACUAAAAGUAGUAAUAGACUUCAACCAAUGUUGCACUGCACCAUGGAGUGAUGGAGGUCAGUACUGAACGGUGUAGACAGCAAAUUUUUAUUUAAUAUCGUACUUAGCAGCUGUUAAGUUCUCUCUUGACAGCUAGCAGGUCUAUAUAGUGUAUUGUUUGAGCAAGAAGUUCAAGUUUACAUGAAGUUGGUUUGCGUAACUCCAUUAGAUUAGCAGUAUAGUAGACUA